AUGAGAGUAGGACUUACCGACCUCAAGGUCAUGAUUGUAAAUGUGAGAAGAAAUAAUGCCACAGAAGAAGAGGAGGAGGAAAUGCCUAGAGGUGAGGCAAAUUCAAAUUUUGAGGCAUUUUGGGGAGAGGUGAGAACGGAAUUCUUUGGUUUUGGAAAUAAUCUGGAAUUGUGGAAAGAAUGA